UGAGCAUGUGGAGGCUUAGCAUUCCUUUUUCUUUUGUCUGGCUCUCUGAUUGGCUGAGACUGUGAGAAACUCCAGCCAGACCAAGACCCACACAUUCAUAUGGAGAUGUGGGACUAUAAAUAAGAGAGAUGAAGCCAGCAGAGAUCAGAUUCUCUCUACAGAGACCUCUACAGCACAGAGGUCCAGCUAUGGCACCUACAAUCACUGCAGCAAUGACCAACUCUCAGGACCAUCUGACUCUGACUCACAAGCUCAGAAAGCCUCUGGUGGAGAAGUUACGCAGAGAGCGAAUCAACAGCAGCAUUGAGCAGCUCAAGUCUCUCCUGGGUCCAGAGUUCCUCAAACAGCAGCCAGUCUCCAAGCUGGAGAAAGCAGACAUCCUGGAGAUGACAGUUUGCUUCCUGAGACGACUGCAGCAAAAACAUCAAGCUGUUCACUCAGCAGCUGUGGAUCAGGGCUACUCCAGGUGUGUCCAAGAAGUGGCACACUUCCUGUCCAAGGAAAAGGUGAUGACACAGUCCCAGAGUCAACUACUGAACCACUUCAACAAGCUGCAGUCUUCCUCUGAUAAGAACCUGAGAGAGGCUGACUUCUCUCCUCUGAGCUCCACAGUCCAGACCAGCAUCACCAAAGAGAAGAGUCCAGUCAACAGCACCCUCUGGAGGCCGUGGUAGACUCAUACAGACUGGAGACACUACCAGACAAACUGAGAUGACCAUGUUGG